AUGUCUCUGAACGAAGUUUGGGAGGCAGCUUCCGCAAGCCCUUAUUCUCCCCUGAUCUCUAAAGAUCAACAGUUCUUCGUUGGCUUCAGCCUGCUGCUUAGUGCUUUGGUUUUGACUGGUCUUUUCGGUCUGAAUCGCUCUUUCUUGAGCAUUGCAUCAUUCGGUGUCCCGGCCUCAUUGGCAUUCGGAUUCGGAGCCGUUUAUAUGAUCUGCGCCGCUGGUGUCUACACACAUCUUUACAUAUCUUCACCAUACCCCAAUAAUCUACUUCUCGGUGCUCGCUAUCACGUUCCCUUGGCUAUCUCAAUCGACGUUGCAAGGGCCAUGGCAACCACCGAGUCUGCGCCCAUCUUUUCUGCUGUCUCCAGCAACGCUCAUCAGCUCUAUACCUUACUUCAAUGCAUUGGCUUCGCUUCAAAAGCCACUGUUCAAAUCACCCCAGACGGGAUUCGGUUCUCCGCCGAGGAGACCAGAGUCAUACAGGGGUUUGCAUUUCUCGACAAAGCACUCUUCACAAGCUACACGUUCAACCCGCCUCCAGGUCAGCGGAACACGAUCGACGAUUCUGACGAUGACGAAGUAGGGGAAGAUGCUACGGACGUGGCAUCAUAUCCCUGUUUUGUUAUUUCCCUAUCCGCCCUCCUUGAAACGUUGAAGAUCUUCGGCAUCAAUGAUGCGUCGUCCGGCAACUUCAGCAGAGCAGGCAGCGUUCAACCACCAAAUCCUUCUGCGUUAUCCGCCUUCACCGCACCAGCACUACUCCUGGACCGUUCAUGCACGCUACAAUACUUGCACGACGGUGCUCCUUUCAGCGUCACGUUGUCCGAGACAGGUAUCAAAACAACCUGCGACUUGACGACCUACGAGCCGGAGGACACCGACCUCGAUAUCCCCUUCCAGCGAGACGGCAUCGUCAUGAAGAUCAUCAUGCGUUCCGCCUGGCUCCACAAUGCCAUCACAGAGCUCGACGCCACGGAUCCAACCGUCCUAAAACUCUCAGCCUCCGCAACGCGAGAGCCAUAUUUCGCACUGUCCGGCUCGGGCGGUCCCCUCAGCGAAUCAACGGUAGAAUUCUCAAUCGAGCAACCAAAUCAUGGCACCGGACCGGCCGAUAGCCACCACAAAGUGCUCACCGAUGAUGGAACAUCCAGAUCGCGGGCCAAGAGAGCCAAACUCGCGCCUACCGUCACGGAAACCUUUCUCGUCAGCCCACCGUCGUCCAUGGGCUCUCGCAUAACUCAGGGUUAUCGGUUCUCCAUGAUCAAGAAGGCAGCUCGUGCGAUGGCAGUGGCUAAUAAAGUCAGUAUCCGGGGCGAUAGACAAGGUGUCUUAAGCCUCCAGUUCAUGAUCGAGUUCGACAACAAUGGCCCUGUUGGCGCAGCUAGCGGCACACGGUCAUCGGCAGGAAGCGCUGGGGGCACGGUGACUUUUGUGGACUUUCGUUUUGUACCGUUACUGGAUGAGGAUGCAAUGGAUCUUGAACUGGAUUAG